AUGUAUAAUACAAUGUCGUCUCCAAGUUACCACACAGACAUGUUAUGCAAAAAUCUCGUCAUCUUAGGUGUGGUGGCAAUCUUCGUCAUCCUCGUCUUCUUCAACCAAAUCUACAUCAAUUCACAGUCUUUCGACAGUAACAUAUUCACUACAAGAUAUCAAGAGGGGCUAUUGAAGCCCAAGGAGACAACGACGAACUUGAGCCACUUGAUGUUUGUGUUGGUGGGGAGCUCACGUACGUUGAAUAAUCGAAUAACUUAUGUCGAAUCAUGGUGGAGACCAAACGUGACACGUGGCAACAUAUUUUUGGACGUGAAGCCGUCGGAACCUUGGUCUCCUAGCUUACCGCCGUUUAAAGUUAACGAAGACAUCAAGAAACUAAAAGUCUACCCGAAGCUCAGAAAAACAGUUCAAGUUCGGAUCAUUAGAUCCAUUCUCGAGACUUACAGGCUCAAGCAAGACGAGGGUGUGAGAUGGUAUGUGAAGGGGGAUGAUGAUACCCUUUUCUUUGUAGACAACAUAGUGGAUGUGUUGUCAAAAUACGACCACACGAAAAAACAUUACGUCGGAAUGUCAUCGGAGACGAUCAAAUCAAAUUUCCACUUUUCGUUUCAAAUGGGGUUCGGAGGAGGAGGAUAUGCUCUAAGUUAUCCUCUGGUGGAGGCUUUGGCGCUCAAAUUAGAUGAAUGUGUUGAGAGGUAUUAUUUCAUUCGGGCAGAAGAUCAGUUACAGAGUCUUUGUUUAGCUGACUUGGGCGUUGAUCUUAUCUACGAGAAAGGAUUUCAUCAGAUGGAUCUGCACGGUGACCUAUCGGGCUUACUCGCGGCCCACCCAACUAACCCUCUUCUCAGCUUCCACCACUUUGGAACCGUCAAACCACUUUUCCCGGGCAUGGACCGACAUGGCUCAGUCACUCAUAUAAUGAAAGCGGCCAACGUGGACCAGUCACGAAUGCUACAACAGUCGAUAUGCCACGUCAGAGCCAGAAACUGGACAUUCUCGGUCUCGUGGGGAUACUCUGCUCAUAUCUAUGAGAAGUUAUUCCCACGCAGCCACUUGAAGCUUCCCAUCGAGACAUUCCGUCCUUGGCAACGAGGACGGCCUCCGGUUUACAUGUUUAACACGAGACCGGUUUCUCGUGAUCCUUGUGAAGCUCCUCACUGGUUCUUCUUUAGUUCGAUCGAACAAGAGAAUGAAAGAGUUGUUACUUCUUACACAAGGAAGUUCCCUAGAAACAUGACUUCUUGUUCCUUAUCCGGUAAUAUUUCUGCGGAUCCUCUCGCUUCAAUCCGAGUCUUCUCUCCCAAAACUCCUAAACAGGGGAGAAAAGUGGAAUGUUGCGACGUGGAAUAUGAUGGUGCAGAUGUAGCAAACAUAACACUUCGAGAUUGUGGGAGAGACGAGAUCAUCAUCUAG